GCGGCAGAACGUCGACGUUUUUGGUUGUCGACAGGAAAAAGUCAACACCUUAAAAGAUGUCAAAUCUGAACUUUUAUGAACUGCUCAAUGCGAACGCAACGGCAACUUUUGAAGAGCUUAAACGCAAUUAUAAGCAAUUAAUACUACAAUGUCAUCCCGAUAAAUUACAACAACAAGCUGUAACUGUAAAUUUCAAUGAGAGCGACCCAAAUCGAGAGAGCCACCACGACAGCAAUUUCAAUGCGAUAAACGAGGCCUGGAAUACACUGAAAGAUCCCAUCAAGCGUAAGCAUUACGAUGCCGAAUUAUUGCAGACGAAAUUUCAAACGGAACACAACAACAUGUAUGCCAGCAUAACAUUUAACGAUAUGCAACGCAUGCCAGUUGAAAUCUUGGAAGAGGAGCAGGGGGAGGAGAAGGAUGGAGAGAACACAAAUAUAGACAAAGACUGGAACUUUGCCUAUGCGUACAAUUGUCGCUGCGGCGGUCAAUAUUUGCUGGAUGAGUCACAGAGAAGGGAGGAGUUGGAAGAGAGAGCAGCAAGUGAAAUGAUUGUGGAGUGCAGCGAAUGUUCUCUGGUGAUUGUUGUGAAACACCAGACAAAUAAACCGUAAAAUAAAUGCAUAUGUUUGUAAACUU